AUGUCGGACGCCGUUGGCCAGACGAAGCAGUUUGGAAAGGGCAAGCGGACUGUGCCGCACCCGGCUCAGAAGGCUCAGAAGUGGUACCCCGUGGACGAUGAGUCGCAGCCCAAGAAAGUUCGCAAGACGCUGCGUCCCACCAAGGUCCGCGAGAGCCUCCAGCCCGGCACCAUCCUGAUCCUCCUUGCCGGCCGUUUCCGUGGCCGCCGGGUCAUCCUCCUCAAGCACCUCGACCAGGGUGUCCUCCUGGUCACCGGCCCCUUCAAGAUCAACGGCGUCCCUCUCCGACGUGUGAACGCCCGCUACGUGAUCGCCACCUCCAAGCGCGUGGACGUCAGCGGUGUUGACUCCAAGGCCAUCGAGAAGAUCUCCGCCCCCGAGUACUUCACCAAGGAGAAGAGCAAGGAGAAGAAGACCGAGGAGGCUUUCUUCAAGCAGGGAGAGAAGCCCGAGAAGAAGAAGGUCGCCAGCGCCCGUGCCUCGGACCAGAAGGCCGUCGAUCAGGGCAUCCUGGCCACCAUCAAGAAGGAGGAGUUCCUCAGCAGCUACCUCGCCACCUCGUUCAGCCUCCGGAACGGCGACAAGCCCCACGAGAUGAAGUGGUAA